UUUUUUGAAAUUUAAUAAAUUUGUGAGAAAAUUGAUUGUUUUUUAUUGAAAUUAUUGCAUAAAUUAUUUAAACAAAACAAAGAAUGUUAUUUUAAACACUAGAAUACUAGAAGAAGGCUCAAAGAAACAUUCCCGUUCUAAAAUCAAAAACAACUCAAGAUGCAGAACGUAAUAAAUAGCAUGAAAGGGACAGCUCUUGCUGUUGGUGAAUAUUUGACCCCAGUUUUAAAGGAAUCAAAAUUUCGAGAAACUGGAGUUUUAACCCCCGAAGAAUUCGUGGCCGCUGGAGACCACUUGGUUCACCACUGCCCCACUUGGCAGUGGGCGGCAGGUGAUGAAUCUAAAGCAAAACCAUAUUUACCGAAAGAUAAACAAUUUUUAAUAACCAGAAAUGUGCCAUGUUCUAGGAGGUGUGAACAGAUGGAAUACUCGGAGGACCUAGAAAAAAUAAUAGAGUCAGAUGAUGCGGAUAAUGGCUGGGUGGAUACACAUCACUAUGAUAAAGAAAUCGCAUCGGUCGAAGAUAAAAUAACCGAAAUGACCCUUGAAAAGGGUGAGAGUAUGGAAGAAGCUGCCAUGAAAAGUGACCGGGAUGAUAGCGAUAAUGAUGAGGACGAUGAAGAGGCGGCAGACAUGGAAGAAUUUGAGGAAAGUGGAAUGUUAGAAGAUGAUCAAGUCGCCAAGGUGGUACAGCCCUCGACGUCUGACAAAAAGAAUCCCGAAGAUGAAGGUGAAAUUGUCAAAACCCGCACCUACGAUCUGCACAUAACUUAUGACAAAUACUAUCAGACUCCUAGGAUGUGGUUAACUGGAUAUAACGAAAAACAUGAACCUUUGACUACCCAAGAGUUUUUUCAAGAUGUAAACAAAGAUUAUGCUAUGAAAACGGUCACUAUGGAGUCGCAUCCUCACCUUAGUGUACCUAAAAUGGCCUCGGUACACCCCUGCAGACAUGCUGAAGUAAUGAAAAGCAUUAUAGAAACGGUGACCGAAGGAGGUGGUGAAUUAGGAGUCCAUAUGUACCUAAUAAUUUUUUUAAAAUUUAUGCAAUCUGUUAUACCUACUAUAGAAUAUGAUUACACUCAGAAUUUCACCAUGUAAA